AUGGCAGGGGCCGCCGGCUACUUCUCGGACGAGCAGUUCCGGGAGGCCUGCGCGGAGCUUCAGCAGCCAGCGCUGGCCGGGGCCGACUGGCAGCUGCUGGUGGAGGCCUCGGGCAUCACCAUCUACCGGCUGCUCGACCAGCCGACUGGACUCUAUGAGUAUAAAGUGUUCGGUGUUCUGGAAGGUUGUCCACCAACUCUACUUGCAGAUGUUUACAUGGACUUAAACUACAGGAAAAAGUGGGACCAGUAUGUGAAAGAGCUCUAUGAAAAGGAAUGUGAUGGACAGACGGUGGCCUACUGGGAAGUGAAGUACCCUUUCCCGUUGUCCAACAGAGAUUACGUCUACACCCGCCAGCGGCGAGACCUGGAUGUGGACGGGAGGAAGAUCUACGUGGUCCUGGCCCAGAGCAUCUCAGUGCCUCAGUUUCCGGAGAAGUCUGGGGUGAUCCGAGUGAAGCAGUACAAGCAGAGCCUGGCGAUUGAGAGCGAUGGCAAGAAGGGGAGCAGAGUUUUCAUGUACUACUUUGAUAACCCGGGUGGCCAAAUUCCGUCCUGGCUCAUUAACUGGGCAGCCAAGAAUGGAGUUCCAAACUUUUUGAAAGACAUGGUGAAAGCUUGCCAGAAUUACCCCAAGAAAACCUAAGAAGGAGAAUGGGACCCCAGCAUCCAUCUCUGGACGUGCUUUAACGGAUGCUCGGCCUUCCCUCUGCUCUUUCCGUCUUCAGAGGUCUACAUGUAUCCCCAGGCAUGCUUGCCUGCUGCCUGGCUCAUUUGCUGCCUUCUUCCCCACUAGUCCUUUUCAGGACUGACUACCUUCUUCUGCUGUUGAGCGGGAGGCCUCUGCGUGGGUAUCUUUAGUUAGGGAAAUCCUCAGCAGGGAUGAGGAGCAUUUUGUUGUACCAUCUCAGGCGAGUGAAUGAGAGAAGGAAGGAUGGCAAAACGUAAGAGUGACCCUUCCUGGCAAGCAGGCUUUCUUCAAUACUCUGUUUUGAAACUCAGGAGUGGCUGCUGUAGGUGGCCUUUGGUCUAUGUUUGACCUUCCAUGUGCCAACAUUGGAGACACAAUGAUGUCCGUUCUCUUUACGCUUUGUUGACUUGGAUAGGCCGGGGUUUGAGGUAACAGGCAGGCGUUUCUACUUGUGCAGGGUCGGUGGCUGCUGUGAUAUCAGGCCAUUAUGAGCGUCCCAGGCCUGACUGAGCACAUGCUGACAUGACCUCAUUUCCCUAACUGCCCACAUCUGGAUAUUUUUCUCCAUAAGCCACUGGGAAAAUGCUGCCUAUACCUCUCUAGCUGUGCAUUUCCUGCGAGCCCCAGGCUUCAAGUUCAAAGCUAGCCUGAGCACAGCACUAGGACUGUGUCUUCCUAAGUGGCAGGGUGAUCUUCCCUUCUGGAAGAUGUUGAAGGGACAAGAUUAGUUUACAACCAGGCAAAACUUAAGUAGCGAUUUGGUGUGCCCUUUGCCUUUUUUUUUUUUUUUUUUUUUGAAUUCUACCUCUUCAAAACAAGGAUUCUUGGAGCCCUAGUUUUAUCCUGAAUUCUUGUAGGAAAAUAUAUUCUGUGGCCAAGACAUAGUCUUGGUGAUCUCAGGGAAAAGCUCCCAUCGCUCCGCUCCAUGCAAACCUUGAUGAACAGAUACGGAAACUCAGGAUGCAAAGCCAGAAGAGAGGGGGUUGUCAAGGUGGCGGUCCUCACAGUGCGUUCUGGCUGGGAAGGAAGGCAUGU